AUGAACGAUGGGAACUCGACUACAUUACAUCGUUGGACUCGUCCGAAACUUCCACGGCCAAUCAGUAAGGUAUCAAAAGCUUGGGAUUCGCGACUCAGAAGAAGCCGCUUCCAUGGGUGGCGCAUGGGAGUGCUGUUUGGUUGUUGCAUGUCUUUCCUUGUCCUUUGUUGCAACAUUGCUCUCAUUGCAAUCGGAGCAAACAGCAAAUCAGGUUACGACCACGAAGGCAUAUCUUCAAUCCUCGAAGGCGACGAGGCGCUCAUCUCACGAUGGGACUCUGCUUUGCACGUUCUCAUCAACGUACUCAGUACCGCGUUGCUAUCAUCUUCAAACUACACUAUGCAAGUCCUGAGCUCCCCAACACGGAAAGACCUGGAUGCUGCGCAUGCGAAAGGACAGUGGCUCGAUAUCGGACGACUAAGUCCUCGAAAUCUCAGGGCUAUUUCACGCAGCCGCGCAACUCUUUGGCUGAUUUUAGUUUUAUCCUCUACGCCAUUGCAUUUAUUCUAUAACGCCUCGAUCUUCAAAGUGAUCACGUCUCGGAAGAACUAUGACUUCAGAACAUUGGACGUGUCAUCGGAAGCAUGGAAACAAAUCUCCGAUGCUACUGACAAUAGCACCUGGACCCAUGGCGAGUACUGGAAUUUGCCAGCUGAUCGAUGGGACGAACCAUACACUAAAGAACACGUCUCCGUUCAUGGUGACUUGUACCUCGCAAUCGAUAGGGUGUCAAUCGAUCUCAGCUCACCUCCACUAGACUUGAACUUUUCACAAAUCACCGCGGCGGAUGUAGAAACCUGGACUACUGCAGAUAGAUCAACACCCAAGACGAUUAUCGUAGAAUCACCGGAAUGGCUGAACUACAACAGCCUUGGUCCGCAGGGACAGCAGCGCCUGACCGGAGCCUAUCUACACGUAGCGAAGGCCUCGUCAUGGAAGGGACUGGAUACGCCUAGUACAGUCCGAGUCAGCAUCUACUUUCUUGUCGUGGUGGUCUCUUUCAACUUGGUUAAGCUCAUCAUAUUGCUCACGGUCCUCCUCACAGAUCGCUCGGAGUACCUCGUCACCUUGGGAGAUGCUGCAAGCUCGUUUUUGAAGCGGGAAGACCCUCACACGAUCAGUCGCUGUCUCCUUAGUCGAGAGUGUGUGCUAUUAAGCCUAGGGCAUCCGGUGAAGGAACGCAAGUACGACGAAACCGAUGGAAAAGAGCUCAAUCUUCGGCUACGAGGCGUCUGGCUUCCACGUUCACGAUCUUACUUUUCCCCUUUUCAUGAUCGCGCUCAGUUCAUCUACAUAUUUUCGUAA